AUGACUCUCGAUGAGAACGCCCCGGAACGAGACUCGGAAGUCUUCUGGCAAUCUCAAAGGGCCGAAGCCCUAGAAGGGAAGCGCGAACCGACUUGCGAACCGGUAAUUUCGAUCAGGCUCGACGAAUCCUCUCCGGAACCAUACGUCGAGAUUGGAGCCAACCUCCGCGAGCCACAAAAGACAGAGCUCAUCGCCUGGGCCGCGGAAGACAUUCCAGGGAUCGAUAUCGGCAUAACGUGUCAUGAGCUUAACAUCGAUCCGACUUACAGACCUGUCAAACAAAAAAGAUGGAAGCUAGGACCGGAGCGUUCCACCGCGAUCGUGAUGAAUCCCGACGAUCGUGAGAAAACUGCGUUCAUCACCGAUCGGGGAACAUAUUGCUACAAAGUAAUGCCUUUCGGUCUCAAGAAUGCAGGCGCCACUUACCAGCGACUUGUCAAUCGAAUUUUCUCCGAACAGCUCGGCAAGACUAUGGAGGUAUAUAUCGAUGACAUGCUCGUAAAGUCUCUUCACGAGCACGACCACGUCUCCCAUUUGGAGGAGUCCUUUGCAAAACAUAACGCCCACAACAUGAAACUGAACCCUGCAAAGUGUAGAUUCGUGGUCCUACGACACGCUGAAAGGGAAUAA